AUGCCAGCAGCCACCCAAGGAACAACAUACCAAAAUCAAACUGUAGUGACUGAGUUCUCCUUCAUGGGAUUAACCAACUCCUUCAAGCUCCAAAUUGUCCUCUUCCAUAUUUCUCUCCUAACUCUUCUGGAGAACCUGGGAAUGAUUAUUGUCAUCCAUCUGGAUCCUCAACUCCACAUCCCCAUAUACUUUUUGCUUAGCCAUUUGUCCUUUGUGGAUGCCUGCUCCUCUUUGGUCAUUAGUCCUAAGAUGUUGUCUGACAUCUUUGUGGAGAAAAAAGUGAUUUCCUUCUUAGGUUAUGCUGUCCAGCUUUGUUUAUUCAGCCAGUUUGUGGUUACAGAAUGUUUCCUCCUGGCCUCUAUGGCGUAUGACAGGUAUGUUGUCAUCUGUAAGCCUUUGUUGUACACACUCAUUAUGUCACAGCGUGUUUGUGUGAAGCUAAUGAUAGCACCUUAUGGCAAUGGCCUUAUAAGCACCAUGGUCCAUAUCACUUUUGCCUUUAUCCUGCCCUACUGUGGUCCAAAUCUCAUCAAUCACUUUUUCUGUGACCUUCUUCCUGUUUUCUCACUGGUAUGUGCAGAUACUCAGGUGAAUAUACUUUUGCUUUUCAUCUUGGCUGGGAUCCUGGGUGUAUUCUUGGUAUCCUACAUUUACAUUGUCAUCACUAUCCUGAAAAUCCAUUCUGCCAAUGAGGCCUUCUCCACCUGCUCCUCACACCUGACGGCUGUCUCCAUCCUUUAUAGGACUCUCUUCUUUAUCUAUGUACAUCCAAGCACCAGCUUCUCUCUGGAUAACAAUAAAGUUGUGUCACUAUUUUACACCACUGUGAUCCCUAUUUUGAACCCAUUCAUCUACAACCUGAGAAAUGAAGAAGUCAAAGAUGCAUUCAUCAGGACAUUUGAAAAGCAAUUUUGCUACAAAUUGCAAGAUAAAAUAUUAUAG